UGUGCGAGGAGGCCCGGCUGGCGCGAGGCCGCAGCCAGGAGCCCGAGGCCGGGCCUCGCGCUGAGCCGGCUGGGCCGUGGGCUGCCUGCGGCCUGGGCGGCGAGGCCUCCUCCCGGCUGGCGGGCCGCCGUGCCCUCGAUGCGGGUGUGGGCUCCGCGGAGCAGGACGGAGGCUGGGCCCGGGCCGCGGGCGGGAUAGGAGGCCGACAGGCCCGCUCGCCCGCGCAGGUGGAUGCGGUGCCGCGGCGAUGGACACCCUAGAGGAAGAGAGCUUCGCGCUGUCUUUCUCCUCUGCAUCCGAUGCAGAAUUUGAUGCAGUGGUUGGAUAUCUAGAGGACAUUAUCAUGGAUGACGAGUUCCAGUUAUUACAGAGAAACUUCAUGGACAAGUACUACCAGGAGUUUGAAGAUACAGAAGAGAAUAAACUCAUCUACACACCCAUUUUUAACGAAUAUAUUUCUCUGGUGGAAAAAUAUAUUGAAGAACAGCUACUGGAGCGGAUUCCUGGAUUUAACAUGGCGGCUUUCACAACUACAUUACAGCACCAUAAAGAUGAAGUGGCUGGUGACAUAUUUGACAUGCUGCUCACGUUUACGGAUUUUCUGGCUUUUAAAGAAAUGUUUCUGGACUACAGAGCAGAAAAGGAAGGCCGGGGACUGGACUUAAGCAGUGGCUUAGUGGUGACUUCAUUGUGCAAAUCAUCCUCUAUGCCAGCUUCCCAGAACAAUUUGAGGCACUAGGUCCCAUCUCCAGGCAAUGAACAGGAACAUUCUGGAUGUCACCAGUCUAACAGACUCAGAGAGACUACAGCUAAUGACGACAGAAGAGUCCAUCUCAGAAAGACUCUGUUCUGCAGCCCUUGGUUUGUGUUAAGUAUUGACAGGUCAGAAACAACAUGACCGGACCUUUGGACCCACUUCUCCUGACAAGCCGUUUUGUAUUAGUGUUCUUCCCCUCCCCACCUAGUCACCUCUCAGGUGCUUGGGUCAGGCCCCUCUGAUCAGGCCCAGGUCAGCCAUUCCACCUGGGAGCCCUUCCCUGGUACAUGUUGGUGUGCAUAACCACAACCACGAGCCCUCCUCUUUCCAGCAGGCUUUGCAUGAGUCCUUUGUGCACUCACUGCUCUUUUUUACAUGGGACAUAGUUUCAGUCCUUCACCCUCAAUGGGGUUUUUGUUUGGGAGUAUUUAUCUAGGGAGCUACUGGAGCCAGCUGCCUGUCCUGCGAUUUCUGUGUCUCCUCUGAUCACAGCUUGUGCUGGCUGUGGGGUCAACCAAGAGAGAUGUCCUUUACCUAAAAGCUACAUGUGAAAGUCAACUCCCAGUCUUAACAUACAUGGUCCUUGUAACACUGUCUUCUGUUGGUCCUGAUAUAGUCCCACUGUUUCUAGAAGUCUCUUUCAAGCAUUAUUUUUGAAAAAUAUUUUUAUAGAUGAAUACUCAGGCAAACUUAGUGGAUAUGAUCUUGGAACUUCCAUGAUUAUCCACCUAAAGAUCAAAGUAUUAUAUGCUAUGUGCUUUUUAGUCAUUAGUGCUGUAAAGAUAAAAAUGCUUUUCAUGUUGAUGCACCUGUUUCAGCAGCACCAGAGAAUGUCUGCUGUGUGCUGGAACAGGCUGAAGCAACCCUGCGUCAUGGCAUGUCAGGUGUGUUGUGCAUGUUGGCUUAAAACCCUUUCUGUGUAAGCCAGUUGUUUGGUUUUUUUAUUAGGGUAGGUAAAGACUCUGCGAUUUCUUCUUCCCGUCACAAUCUCCUGCCAAGAUGGUGUUCACUGGUCUAGCUCAGCAUGAGGAGGAGGCAGUGGACAGCUUUACUGUUCGUGUGUCAGCUUUGGUUUACUACAUUGUUUAGUUUAGUACUGACAGAGAACUUAUGUGUCACACAUCCCUGGAAAGAAGGAAAAAACAGUUCAGUUCCCCUGUGUACUUUUUUUAUUUUACUUUUUAUAGUGAAAAUAAGAAUCUGUGCUGACUUUUCACUUAUCUUCUGGUUUUAAAGGAUGAGCUAUAAGCUGUGUGUUUUUCUGUACUAAUGUGUCGUUUAUUACUUUUUGUACCAUGAGUAAAAUUUGAGGUGUUUUGCAAGAACCAUCAUUCCAAACAA